UUUAUUUUAGCAAUAUUUGAAAUAAAUACGAAUAAGGAUUUGUAAGAAACCUGUAAUGUUAUGCUGUAGCAGAUUGGUGCAACUCACGACAGUUUGUGCCAAACUCAAACAUUCUACAUUGGGGGCUUGUUUCGGCAUAUUCAGAUUUAAAAAUGAAAGAUCCAAAAAUUGUUCCAGUUUUCGCUCAAAUGCUACAAACGCAUUUGCGGUUGAUGACCAGAAACUUAUAAAAUAUUUUUUCCACCUGAAAAAAUUAAACGAUGAGUUCGUAAAAUCUAAACAUAAAGGGGAAAACAGACAAGCCUGGCCAGCGCUGUUGUUAGAGGAGCUUGGUGGAAGAGGAAAGUCAGCAAUGGAAAAGUUGUUCAAUAUAUCUGUUGUGGUAGAGACGCUUAAUGAGCGCCUUCAUGAUUUGGGUGAAAUUGAAAAACUUUCCAAAGAAUUUAAAUCUGAUGAAGAAAUGUUUAAAGAAACAGAAAUUGAGAGACGAAGCUUGGAGGAUGAAAUAUCGGAAAUAAAAACCUCCAUAGUCGAGUCUCUGGUGACUGAUAAAGAUAGUGAAGAUAAUGAUGGUGCAGUGUUGGAAGUUACACCUGGUAUUGGGGGUGUGGAGGCUGCUAUGUUUGCUACAGAAAUAUUUGAUAUGUAUCAAAAGUUUUGCCACAGAAGUGGGUAUGAUUUAGAUGUGGUUGAAUAUGACAUGGGCGAAAACGGGGCGCUGGUUAAAGCGAAUGCUGUUGUUUCCUCUGGUGAUGGGUAUGCUUACUCCCUGUUUAAGCAUGAAGCAGGAAUCCAUAGAGUUCAGCGCGUGCCAAAGACUGAAAAAUCUGGCCGACUUCAUACAAGCACUGUGUCUGUCGCUGUGUUGCCCAAAAGCAAUGAAAUAUUGCCACCACUGCAGCGUAAAGAUUUAAAGAUAACAUUCAGUAAGUCUUCAGGUCAUGGUGGCCAGCAUGCAAAUUCAACCUUGUCCUGUGCAGUUGUGUGUCACAUACCUACAGGCAACAUAGUAAGAGUAGAAGAAACCAGGUGUCAGAAAACAAACCUGGACCGAGCACAACAGAAGCUCACCCACAUUGUGCAUAGUGAAGCAAUGAAAGCCAAACAAGCGCAAGUCAAUUCUGUUCGUCGCAAGCAGACAAGAAGCAGAGAAAGAUCGGACAAAAUACGAACCUACAAUUUCCACCAUAGUCGAAUCACUGACCACAGAAUAGGCGUCACACUUAGUGGAAUUGAAGAGUUUUUAAAUGGUGGGGCUGUAUUUGAGAAGUUGUUAUAUAAACUGGAGGAGAAUAGUUUAUCAGAAGAACGAGCGGCUGUAAUUCAAGCUUUAAUUGAUGAAGCCAAUUUAUAGUUGUUUUAUUUUUUUACAAAUUAUACUUAUUUUCUGAUUUAUUAUGAUAUUAAUGAUCAUUAAAGUAGUCGUUUUAUGUCUUAAUAUUUGACCUUAACCUAAACAAAAAUAAAGAGAAAUAUUUUUGGGAAUUUGACUUAGUUUUCUAGUUAUUUCAUAACUUAAACUGCUGUGUCUAGUGUGUACUAGGCACUUAUGUUGUUCGUAACAUGCCAACUCAUACUCACAGUUCCCAUAUCAUGCUUCACUGUGAUUUAUUUACUCACUUAUUUUUGUUUUAAAUUAUUAGACAUAAUAUUACAAACUUAUCG